UUUUUUUCAGCUGUUUUCCGGUGACAGCCGGGGGAAUGACAACAGAGGCAGUCACGGCCCUUCUUCCAUUUAAGCACACUGCAAAACAUCGACAAAAACAGGGAGCUGUCUGCCAUUAGAUUUCGGAGGUUUGGGGAAUUCAUUCUUUAUGUGCCUCUGGGAGCAGCAGCAUGGCAGAUGACAAGGACGUGUUGAGAGACGUUUGGUUCGGCCGGAUCCCCACCUGCUUCACUUUGAACCAGGAUGAGGUUACUGAGAGAGAGGCAGAGCCCUACUACCUGCUGUUACCCAGGGUAAGCUACCUGACUCUGGUUACAGACAAGGUGAAGAAACACUUCCACAAGGUGAUGAGGGCGGAGGACGUGGAGGAGAUGUGGUUUGAGUAUGAAGGGACGCCACUGAAAUGGCACUAUCCAAUUGGAGUUCUGUUUGACCUCCAUGCCUCCAACACUGUUUUACCCUGGAGCAUCACUGUGCACUUUAAGAAUUUUCCAGAUCGUGACCUGCUCCACUGCCAUUCUAACUCUGUGAUCGAGGCUCACUUCAUGUCCAGCAUCAAGGAGGCCGACGCCCUCAAGCACAAGAGCCAAGUCGUCAAUGACAUGCAGAAGAAAGACCACAAACAGCUGUGGAUGGGCCUGCAGAACGAUAAGUUUGACCAGUUCUGGGCCAUAAACAGGAAGCUGAUGGAAUAUCCCACCGAGGAGGGAGGCUUCAGAUACAUCCCCUUCAGAAUAUACCAGACGAUGAGCGAGAGGCCGUUCAUCCAGAAACUGUUUCGCCCCGUUUCACCUGAAGGCAACGUGCACACGCUUGGAGACCUGCUGAAAGAGAUGUACCCAGCUGCUAUACCAAACGACGGUGAGCAGAAGCGUUACCAGGUGGUGAUCCACGGUAUCGAACCGCUGCUGGAGACUCCUCUUCAGUGGCUCAGCGAACAUCUCAGCCACCCUGACAACUUCCUGCACAUCUGCGUCAUUCCAACCCCAACCGACUGAGGCCACGCCUACCACUCCUCACUGUCACUGUGACAACCGACCGACCAGCCAGCCGACCAGCCGGCCGGCUGGGUAACUGGGUGAUGGAAGCGCUAAACGUUGGAAACUCUGAACUAACAGACUCUUUAACGAGAAGGAGUUUACAAUCUUGUCAAUGAUGAACAAAGGAUGUGAAGGAGGUAUUUAACAAAGCUCCUUUUUCAUCUUGUUAAUUGAUAUUUCUAAUCCUCCCGCCACCAAUACUACUACUACUACUACUACUACUACUCCUCCUCUUUCCCCCUCAGAAAACUUGUUUAUAUGAGGUGAGAAUGAAAAGAUCUUCUCUUCCUCCUCUGCCCCUGAAAGGAAAGACAAUUCUUCAGGUGAGGAGCUGGUUAAAUGAGCAAAGGAUCUCUCCCUUUUUCUAUCUCACAUCUCCUUCUCCUCUCUUCUACUCCUCUCCGAGCUAACAAUCAUCUCCAGGCGAGGAGAGGAGGUGAACGGAUCCCUCGUUUUUUCAUCCUGCCAUACAUCUUUCUUUUUUUCCAUUCCAAGACAAAGACUGUCCUGUACAGAGAGAAAGGAUUGUUUGGGAUUUGGGGAGAGGCGUAUCCAGUCCUGCUGAAGUUGCCUUAGUUAACACGUUCAUCGUCCUCCUCAUCGUCCUCCCUGCAAAUAACGUCUGGACUCACAAAGUUACUCUGAGUUUACAUCACAGCCUGCAAACAUAAUCAUCUACAAAAACUCAGGACCAUCAGGAACUCCUGGUGGUCUGUUUUUGACUUCUUUCAGAGGAUUUUCUGUUGGUUAGGUCUCUUGCAUUAAGACUUGACUUCAGUUGACAAAGUGAGCUGGAAUGAGAUGAAGACGAGCUGUUUUGGAGCUCUGAGGGCAUUGACUUGACGCAUGUGCUUGCUCGCACUGUUCCCAGCACACUUCUGGUCUGGUUCGGACUGAGUGUCUGGUGCCACUGUUGAGAUAAACAUCUAAUUUUGAAUUAUUAGAAAAAGCAACUUAACAAGCAACAAGUAUCAUCACCUGGUACUUGACUCAAAAAACGUGUAAUUAAUGUUUAUUUUCAUUUUUCAUCUUCCCUUUUAAGAGAAAUUCCAGUUUCAUACGAGUUUGGUCUGAUUUUAAUAGUUGAAAUAAACUUGAAUUAGCCUUUAAUGGUUACAUCCUACUCUUUGGGUGAUGGGAUUCUACAACUGUCAAAAACAAAUGCUGAAGGAUGUGCUAAUAAAAACAACAUUUGUGUUUAAGCUGAGAACAAGUCUGCACUUGUUUUGUUGUCUUACUAUCUUUGCAGAAGAUCGACGGAGAUAUUGGAUUUUCACAGGAUAUCUUUUGAGAGUGAACAAACUAUUAAUGAGGCCAAAGCAUUUGGUUCAAAUGUCAUGAAUAAAAAAAAAACUGCACAUAAGUUUUCAGUAACAGGUGUUGAUUUCUCUCCAUCAGUACAACAGAGUUUAGCUGUUUUACUGUCUGUUUUGUCAGAUUUGGCCCGAGCCUCUUUGUCUGCUGCCAAACUUAAUUGAGCAUCUGGUUUUGUUUAAUUUUAAGAACUUAGCUUAGAUAAUGAGGCCGCAUUAGCAUUAAGUCUCCAGGCUGUUGGGAGCCACAGUUGUUUGACACGUCCUACAUAUGCUUUCAUUGUAAAAUUGUGGUUCUUGGACACAAACAAAACUGACUAAAGCAUAUACAAAUGACUUUAGUUGACAGCUUCCCAGAUCGCAUUACUUUACUGGAUGUUGAGACCAUAAUUAAUUAAUCAUACUUUUUUGUUGUUGUUAUUUUUUCCACAUUGUGUACAUCUGUUCAUACUGAAAUAAAACAUUUCUUAAAGCA